UGCUAUAAUGGCCACUAAAGGUCUGGAGGCUUAUGAAGGAGGGAUUUUUGCUGAAUUUCACAUUCUGUCUCUUCCAAACCACAUCAUCUCAGUGGCAGGAUGGGGCGUCACAGAAGACGGAACAGAAUACUGGAUCGUCAGAAACUCCUGGGGCGAGUUUUGGGGUGAGCUGGGCUGGGCAAGAAUUGUCACCGGUGCUUAUAAAGGUGGUGAAGGCCACUGGUAUAAUCUUGCCAUCGAGAGCAACUGCGCAUACGGAGACCCCAUUCUGGAGAAGAAUUAAAAUGGAUAUGUUCUUCAUAAAGUCAUCAACACCCCAUCGAGCACAUGCAGAUGAGAGACUGUGAAGCUGAAUUAAAUCGGGAGAAGUGUCAUAUUAGAAUCUCAUGGUGCCAUGCGCUGCAUUAUUUUAGUGCCACGUUCUUAAAACAGGGUUUUACAGGAUGUUUACUUUAAACAUUUAUUAUUGGAAUCUUUAUAAAAUUUUAUGAAAAAAGAAACCUUUGAGAACAGUAUUAAUAGUUUUUGCAUAAAAUAUGGAUAUAAUUGUGUAUACAUUUUGAUUAUUAUAUUAUAAUAAAAUAUUGUAGUAUAUAUUUCUUUAAUUAUUAUGUGAAAUAUUGUUGAAAAAUGUUUUUAAAGUCAUGUUUACUUUAGUUUGCAUUGAAUGUGUUCAUGUUAUUCCGAAUAUUAAAACGCAACUGAACAUGCUUUUAGCACAACAGCUUCAUGACAUAUGUUUGUGUGUCAUGUAUGAGCUUCUCUUGCUCUACAUCUCGUCUAGGCUUAGCAACAGCACGCGCAGGCACUUCAUUGGUCAGCAUCCGCUGCACGAGCCUCGCAGUUCGUUUCGAGUCGUGUCAGUCAAGCAGAAAACGAACCGAGACAUGGUCAACGACAACAGGAGAAAACAAGGGCACUAGUGUGGUGAAGCGUCCAGCCGUGAGGAUGCUGAGAUGCAGACAGCUGGAUGUCACUGGCAGGAUGCGUCCUUUUAUUACCAUGCGUACGCGCGCGUUUGAUUCGAUGCCAUAAAUCUGGCAUGAAGAACAUCUCUCAACUGCUCUGCAGAAUCCGACAACUUGACAUUAGUGUGCUAAACGCAACAGAUACGUAGAUAUCAAAACUGGCUUUAUUUGGUUUUGAAAUAAACAAAACCAUUGCGCAUCUUCUACAUUUAGUGCGUAUCCAGAUCCUAUUCUUCUCAGAGCAUCGUUCCAGGUGAACCAGCAGCAUGUUGACCAGCAUCACUGAGAGCAUCUUCUGCUGUCUGAUGGGAAAGACCAGCGUCGUGUUGCCAGUCGAGACAUCAGACGGAAAGCCAGCAGACGGAUUCGAGUUUGUGGAGGUGAAGCCGGGUCGGGUGCUGCGCGUGCGUCACAUCCUCCCAGAACGCCCCGCUAUGACAGAAGAGCACCCAGGACAAGACGGCACCGUCCACUGCAAACGCAAGAUCACGGUGUACCGCAACGGACAGCUGGUGAUCGAGAACCUGGGUGAUGUUCUCCACUCGGAGAUCCUCCAGUGUCAGAAUGGAGAUGUGGAACAGUCUAGCACGGUCGAGGUGGAGCUGUCCGACUACACCACUGCGCCGUCGUCCCCGGAUCCCAAACCAGCUCCGCCUCUUCCCUGCUCUGACCAUCAGAAGCCUGCCCCACCGCCCAGACGCAGACGCCGGAGACCCAAGCGUACCGUACUGAUAGAUACAGAGCGUCGCAUCAGCAGCUGUAAGGGAACGCACGCGGACGUGGCGCUGUUCUUCAUUCACGGCGUUGGCGGUUCGCUGGACAUCUGGGGCAGUCAGCUAGACUUCUUCUCACGGCUGGGUUAUGAGGUCAUCGCUCCUGAUCUAGCGGGUCACGGUGCCAGUACCGCCCCACAGAUAGGAGCGGCUUACACCUUCUAUGCCCUGGCAGAGGACCUGCGUGCCAUAUUCAAGAGAUAUGCAAGAAAACGAAACAUUCUCAUCGGUCACUCAUACGGGGUGUCGUUCUGUACGUUCUUGGCACACGAGUAUCCAGAGCAGGUGCAUAAGGUGGUGAUGAUCAACGGAGGAGGACCAACAGCAUUGGAGCCCAGUCUCUGUUCCAUCUUCCAGCUGCCGUCAUGUGUUCUGCACUGUCUGUCUCCAUGUCUGGCCUGGAGUUUUCUCAAAGCUGGUUUUGCGAGGCAGGGUGCUAAGGAGAAACAGCUUCUCAAAGAGGGAAACGCAUUUAACGUGUCUCCGUUUGUGCUGCGAGCGAUGAUGAGUGGUCAGUACUGGCCGGAGGGGGAUGAAGUUUAUCACGCCGAGCUGACCGUACCCAUUCUGCUGGUGCACGGCCUGUUCGACAAGUUUGUGCCGAUCGAGGAGGAUCAGAGAAUGGCAGAGAUCCUCUUGUUUGCGUUUCUGAAAGUGAUCGAGGAAGGCAGUCACAUGGUGAUGAUGGAAUGCCCUGAGACAGUCAACACCCUCCUGCAUGAGUUUUUCCUCUGGGAGCCCGACACUUCCAAACAGGACACAGUUGCCACGGUAACAGCCGGUCAGACUGCAACAAACACUGCCGCAACGCCCGUCCAGACGCUCAGUGUCCUCAACGGCUACAGCACAGGGAAUCCCAAGGUCAACAAACCCCUUAACAAGUAACCAAUGGAUGAUUGACAUUUCGGGGUAAACCAAUCGGAGGGCUGUUAACGACAGGUGCUGCGAACGGCGUGACCAUCACAUUGGCUCAGAGCUGAUUUUUGGUCAGAAGGUCCGAGCAGGUGCCAUGAAGACAGAUUGAAAGGUUGGGACUCUUUCUGCAAGAGCUUCCAAAGUACGAUAUUGGUGAUUUAUGACAUAAUGAUGAUACCUUUGUAUCUCUCUACUACCUUUGGACAAUAUCUUUCCGUCUUGUGCUGCUUAAACAAAAGGACUGAGUGUCCGUCUAGAGGAUGAAACCCAGCAUUGGAGUCCAGGUUUGAUUGCAUUACGAGACGGCAGUCGCCGAGGUUGUUUUUGAGAAACCGGAUUGUGUUGGACGAGUUUAAAGUCAACAUGAAAAAGCAUUUCCAGCCUCCUUUACUUAUAAUGGAUUGGAAAUGAAUGGGGUUAUAUUGAUUGGAUUUUAGUCUGGUGGUUGGAGGAGGUAAAAAGGAGAGACAUGGUGACAUUAGCUAGCUAUAUAAUUAUUUUUAACAAUAAGACCUGGAACGUGUGUUAAGUAAAUUGGCUGGAUUUCAUAUUGACUUCAAAAGUCGUGUGCACAGAACCGGUGUUCACAUCAUGCAGAGCUAAAUAACUCAAUCAUACUUAAAACACGUUUUCAAUGUCUUCCCUCAAAAAACAAAUCCAUCGCUUACAGGUUUAAGACCCUCUGCUGAAAACAGACAUACAGUAUAAAAUAUUUAACCAUACGAGGUGGAACGAAGAUAACAUUCUGUGAACACAUGCUACGCAUCAUUGUUUGUACAAAUUGCACAAAUUGAACAACGGAUGUCGCUUCACAAACGUGGGACAAGCAAAACUAUCAACUGGAAAACGACCGUCGUAUUGGGAUAUUUCAUGCACCGUUUCGUCUCCUAGCAACCUUGAAGUCAGGCAUUAGAAGAGAUGCCGUGAGAGAGAGAGCUAUAAUGAUACGAUGGCUACUGUGUGAUUUGGUGCUGAGGAAAAGCAGGAUAUAAGCCACAAUAUCACAGAUGUAUGCUGUCACGAUGUCUUGCGAAGUGGUGAAUUUAUUCAGAUGAUAUUACGAAUAUCUAACCAUCAGGUUGAUCCAACACAUUGUGAGGACGCAAUUAUGGUCUACUGUACCAUUAAACUUAAUAAGGGCAGUGUAUGCAAGAAUCAACUGUGGAAGCCUUGCAGCUGUUGCCAUGACAACAAAGAGUCAAAGGCAACACGGAUUAAGAAUUACACACGCAUUUCAAACAUCGUAUAAGAGCUCAUUGCUGAACGAAAAUGUUAUGACAAUUAUGCAGAUGUUAAGAUGAAAAUCAUUAUGAAAUAUUCAGGAUAACCGAUAUGAGAAUUGGCUUAUACUAAAGUUACAAGUCAAGCGUGUUAUAGACAGACCCUCUGGUCAGAAUGAUUGGAUUCUAACUUAAUGCAUUUCCCAGCAUUCUUUGGUGCAGCAUAAAAAAGACAACAUACAUGUCACUGAUAUCCUUUCGAAACCUUGUAUCGCCAUAUUUCAUGUUUUUUUUUGCCAUAAAUCCUUAUUAUUAGUUACCCUUUAUGUUUAUUACUGGGUUUUGCAAAUGUCUAACCAAUAAAAAGUAUAAAAAAGUGCUUGUCAACCUUGAAAGUUUAUUCCAUUUCCUGAAAAACAGCAAAUUUGGACAUACAAGGUUUCAGAAGGACAGCGACGAUAUAUAUCACUUUAAACAACUUUUCUCAAAAACAAUACCUGAAAUGAUUGUGUUGUGAAGUGAAGUGUGCCAUCGCUUUUUCUUAGCAGCUAUUUGCCUCGAAGAUGAUCAAACUAGAAGGAAACCAAAACAGAGACUUAGGGUGGAUUCUUUUCAUUAAUGCCGAUAAGAAAGCGCCCUAAGAUGUCCUAGCAACCGCAUAGCAACCAUAAAGCAAUGUCCUGGCAACCACCCACAUCACCCCGAGCAUCACGACUGCGGGUUUCGGACUGACGACGCCACAAAGCUUUUCUUCAAAAGAGCCUAGUGCGGCAUAUUCUGAGCAUUACCAGAGUUUACGAUGGAAUUUUGUUCUUGUGCAAUACUUCUGAACACACCGGGGGAAAAUAUGACAUUUUAAAUCCUGUCUCUCCAAUUCACAGAUGGUAGUAAUAAAACAAACAACAUUCAUGCAACAGGGUAAUGCUAACGUUACUUUUGCUACGUAAAGUAGUUUUGGCUUUUCUCGGAGCGCCUGUAAAUACGGUGUUUGGAGUGAUGCGAAAACAUUGAAAAAAAAAACGACAAAUAAUACAGGCCAGUACUGUUAAAAACUGCCAAAGGUCUCAUUCAUGGGUUGAGAGUGAGAGAAGAAAUAUUUCACAGAGCGCUGCAGGAGAUAUAAUAAACACAUGUUGUGCUGAUGAAGAUUUUCCUCUUCUUCUGGUCGUGAACAUUGUGGUGUCAAUUAUGUGUGUUUGUAUAUAUCUAUGAGAAAGUAUUUACCGGGCACUGCCUGAAACUAUGUGCAUUUAAAAUAUUAUGGAAACUAUAUAAAUAAAACACACAUGUAUUUUGUCCGUGCAUUUUAUGGUGCCUGUAUGUGCAAGUAUAAAAAAUAUGAUGUGUAUAAACGUUUAAUAAUGAA